AUGAAACUCCUUUAUCCAAUCUUUGACAGCUUCACCCAGUUCCAGGUGAACACAGAAUUCUUUGGCUUGAGAAGAUGUUUGAUGGAUAUGGGGAGAUGCAAAGACCACUGCACUGUGGGUGAAAAAGAGGUACAGAAAUGCAAGAAUAAACAAUGUUGUGCUGGGCCCAAAAUGGUUCAAUUGAUAAAUAACUACCUGCAAAAUGAAAUGUCUCAACUUGAAGAAGACUCCCAACAACUACUAAAAACUACCAAGAAGUCUAGGGCUGUAAUACAAACAAAAUACAUUUUAUCUCAUCUCAAAAAAAGCAAAAGCCAUUUUGCUAACAUCAACACCAUCAUCAUCUCAAAUGCCAACACUGUGAACUCUGCUACCACCAAACCUAUGAUCACAGGGAAGAUUAUAUACCCUGCUACUUCUACCAAGAGUGACACCAAAGAAAGCAGAGAUUCAGCCACCGACUCUCUACCGUCAGUACCACCACCAUAGACACUGCCGACAACACAAAUGGAGCUGGAGGAAAGAGAUGAGCAGAGAUGUGGGUCUUUCUCUUAA